CCGGGGAUUUGUUAGUAGCCAAUUGCAGGUUUGUGUUGCGGGAGGUUGACCCAGGCCGCGGCUGGAGAGGCCCGGACCUGUAAUCGGUAUUCUGUGCGUAUGGCAUAAAGACAUCUUUUGAAAAUGAGCGGGGAGCCUGAUGCGUUAGCUGUUGUCAAUCAGCUGCGAGACUUGGCUUCAGAUCCUUUAAACCGCCGAGCCAUUGUACAAGAUCAAGGCUGCCUGCCGGGCCUCAUCCUAUUCCUUGACCAUCCCAAUCCUCCAGUUGUUUACUCUGCUCUUCUGGCUCUUCGAUAUUUAGCAGAAUGCCGCGCCAACAGAGAAAAGAUGAGAAGCGAACUAGGAAUGAUGCUGAGCUUGCAGAACAUUUUUCAGAAGACUACCACACCAGGGGACACACAGCAGCUUGCCACAGAAGUCUAUGAUCUUCUGCAGUCAUCCAACACAGCAGAUGGGGAUUGUAUGAAUGAGAUGAACUCUAGACGGCGGAAGGCCCAUUUUUUCCUUGGAGCUACAAAUAAACGUGCCAAAACCGUGGUCCUGCAUAUUGAUGGCCUUGAUGACACGUCUCGAAGGAGUCUGUGUGAAGAUGCCCUACUGAAAAUCAAAGGCGUCAUUAGCUUUACAUUUCAAAUGGCAGUACAGAGAUGCGUAGUCCGUAUUCGGUCUGACUUGAAAGCAGAGGCUUUGGCAACAGCAAUAGCAUCUACCAAAGUGCUGAAAGCACAGCAAGUAGUAAAGGGCGAAUCUGGAGAAGAGUUGCUGGUGCCAUUUCAUGACACUCCUGUGGAUGUGGAGCAGAACGAAGAUUUACCAGACUACCUUCCCGAGGAUGAAAGCCCUAUGAAGGAGCAGGAUAAAGCUGUGUCUCGCGUCGGGGCACACCAGGACGGUGGGAGCAGUUGGCUCAGCACUGCGGCAAACUUUUUAUCCAGAUCCUUUUACUGGUGACAUGCGAUUUAGAGACUAAAAGACUGCAAGACAAUAUUUCAAUCAUCCCAGUGAAGUGCAAUUUGCAAUAAAAAUAUUACGCCACAAAAAAAAAAAAAAGUUUUAAACCGCGCAACUUACGCUGUGUUUUACAUGUACAGGAUAUCCGAGCUGGUAAAGCAGCAUGGCGGACAGAGGUCACAAGAGAGUGUUGCUUCAUUUAUUGCGUGUUGCCUCACUUUGUCAUGGGUCCACCCUUUGCUAUUACACUGUCAUGUUAUAAGCCAAAUAAUUGUGAUAGUGCACACUGAUACUCAGCCUUAAGGUCACUGGUAUGUUGUAAUACACAAGAAGCGUCUCCUCACCUCAGUACUCAGGACCGCCAGUUCUCGUUCUGAUUACAUAUUAGUGCACGAACGCCUUUUUAAGAAAAAAUUUCUUUCUUUCGCCUUAUAUUACAGAAGGACUGGUUUCUGGGACACAUGCUACUGUCCACAGUAACACAAUCUCAUUAUUAUUAUUAUUUUUUUUGGCUUUUAUUUGGCACAAAAAUUUGAAAACUUUUCCAAAUCUGCAAGUGUUAUGCCUUCUAUAGGAAAGAGAAUGUGAGUUCUGCGCAGGUCCAAACUGUUAGUAGGCAACGAUACCAGAGAUUUGUGUUGCAUCAAACCUAUAGAUGUAAUAAAAUCCACCUCUUCUCUUCAAAAUAGCAACUUUAGUCCUGCCCGAAUAUUAAUGAUCAUAUUAAGAGCUAAUGAUUUCAGUGAGAGCCAUGAAUAUGCAAGGUUUUAACCACGAGUAGAAAUGAUAUAAAACAGGCUCCCAGUGUAAUAACCACUAUGGAUAUAAAAAUGCAUAGAUCUGUUUCUGCUGCCUGCUAUAUACCACGGUGCCAUGUUUACAGACCCUCUAUAGGAAGUCCAGCUCUUUUUGUUCCCUGUCUAUGAUGGUGGUGUUUUUAUAGUUGCAAAUGUUUGUAAUGAAAAGAAAGGGUGAUUCGUAUGUUUUAGAUGUCCAAUUCCUGUGAUUGUUUCAUACAUUUUUUUCCCUUCUGAUGGACCACGAAUUCACAGUCGCACAGUUUGAAAGUUUGUCAUACAGUUUUUCGGUCACUGGAAAGUAAGAACUUGUGUGAAUUAAUUCUGUAAAAUGGUUUGAAAAACAGUUUUUUGUCUGAUGAUGGACCACCAUUGAUUUCCACAUUGAAAGUGCACUGUCUCCAACUUUGGUACUUCUCAUAGAUUAGGGUACUUUCACGAUUCCGUCAGGCAGUUCCGUCGCCGGAGCUGCCUGCCGGAUCCAUCAAAACGUGUGCAAACUGAUGGCAUUUGUCAGGCGGAUCAAGAUCCAGAUCCGGAUCCGU